UUGAAAGAUUAUCAAAGGAAAGUUAUGUCGAAGUCGAACUGUCGUCUUGAUUGACGACCUGUCGGUGACGAAAACGAAAAACACAUUGAUUUCAAAAGUCAUACAUUACAGAGACCAACCAUUUGACUAAUAAGUUUGUUUUAAUAAUUAUAGUGUUGUUUCCACAAUAUAUUUUAACCCCUUAAUAUUAAUUCUUAGAGUUUUUUGUAUUACUAUCCGUUUUUCGCCUGUGUAAAUACGCAAUUUAUAAUGCCUAGUGAGGACAAAGCAGUUUUUGGACAGCAAGGUUCAGAAGGAGUUAAUACUCAGGCGUUGCAAUCUCCAGAAGAUGAAAAUGCUAAGUCUUGUUGGGUUUGUUUCGCCACGGAGGCCGAUGAUAGGCUCGCUGCUUGGGUUCAGCCAUGUAAAUGCAUUGGCACUACGAAAUGGGUUCAUCAGAGUUGUCUCCAGCGGUGGGUAGAUGAGAAACAACGUGGAAAUAUAAGCAGAAAAGUAUUGUGUCCUCAGUGUAAAGCAGAAUAUAUUGUUGUCUUUCCUUCGAUGGGCGCUUUUGUUGCACUACUCGAUGCUUUGGAAGAGAUCACAUAUAAAAUAAGCCCGUUUAUAGCUGGCGGUGUCUUACUAGGCUCAAUAUACUGGAUAGCGAUUACUUAUGGUGCUGUUACUGUUAUGCAGGUGGUUGGCCAUAGAGAAGGUCUAGAAAUGAUGGAGUCAGCCGAUCCUCUGGUGCUACUCGUCCUGUUACCAACAAUACCAGUAACGCUGAUCAGCGCUAAGAUGUACAACUGGGAGGACUCGGUGCUUCUCUUCUUGAGAAAAUAUUGUGCGAAGAUCCCAGCUCUUGCGUAUAUACUACCGUUUGGAAACGUGGAGGGUGACAGAGGUGCGAUCGUAUCAGGACAAAAUAACAACGCAAAUCAAAAUGGAAACUCAAAUUUAUCACCAACUAGAAUAUUUUGUUCCGCAUUGCUAUUACCGACAAUUUCAACAUUAAUCGGCAAAAUAUUUUUCCGUUCAGUCCAAAAUAACCUCCACCGAACCAUACUAGGUGGUCUGACGUAUAUCACAAUCAAAGGAGCUCUCAAAAUAUAUCACAAACAAAUGUUAUACAUUAGACAUUCGAGUAGGAAAAUUCUAGAUUACACAGAGUCGAAUUUAAAAUUAUAUAGAAGUGCAAUGACUUCGAAUACAACUGAUGUCGUUUCCAGUACUAACGACUCUGAACAAGUUAUAUAAAUUUUUAGAAAUUGUUAAAAAUAACGUUAUUUUUUUAAACGUAAAUCGUGUGACGAAACGUCUUGUAACGGUUGUACUUACAGUACAUAUGGCAUGUGAUAAACACGUAAUUGACUGUUGUGUAUUUUUAUUCUACCUUUUUUAUAAGAUAACUUAUAAUUCUUUUAUUUUAUUGCGCUAGAAUAUUUAAAAAAAUCAUUAUUCUGCGAUGACAAGUUUUUUUUUU